AUGAAUGGGCAAGAAGAUGAUUCUGAUGAUUUGCUUAGAUGCAUUUCGAGUCCAAGCUUUAUGAGAAGAGCUGAAGAUGAUGAUACUAAUAACAACAUGGAUGCUGUAUUUGGUGCUGGUGUUCAAGAUGGUGGAAAUACUAUAAACAACAUGGAUGCUGUAUUUGGUGCUGGUGUUCAAGAUGGUGGAAAUACUAUAAACAACAUUAUGCACACCACUCAACAGAUCCAAGAACCCGCAAACAUAUACCAGGAGUGUCCUCAUCCUAUGGGAACCCAAGAGAGGGUACAUGACAUACAAAAUGCACCAAUGGAGCUUGAUUCGUUUAUGAAUGAUUUUUUGGUGAGUCCAUCUGUUGUUCAGCCUUCUUCUUCCGUAAGGAUCUCUAGUCCAAGAGGAAAUCCAUUACCGGAAGAUAAUUCGUUAUGGGACGAUUUGUUGUUGGACAUUCUUGGUCCAUCUUCUGCUCCUACUUUAACGCUCAAUCCUGUAAGACAUUUGGCAACAGAACCUGAUCCGAUGAUGAAUGAAAGAUCAACGUUGUUGGUCAAUCCACAUGACACACAACCAGGAAGUGUUACACCACUAGAAGUUGAUUCUGGUGGUGAAAAUUUGCCGAAUAACAUAAAAUCAUUGUUGAAACUUGCCAAUACUGCUAUGAAUGAGUUGAUUACACUGGGAGAAAAGAAGAGUCCAUCAUGGAAAAUAGACUCAAGCACUAAGAGAGAAACAUUGGACUAUCAGGAGUAUAAUAGUUUUUUUAAAAAUGGUUUUGAAAAGCCUCCUGGAUAUGUUAUAGAGUCUUCUAGGGAAAUAGGUACAGUUCUCAUGGAUAGCUUGGAUCUGGUCAAGACUUUUACGACGGACGACUGGAUCAACGUGUUUGCGCCUAUUGUGUCUGUGGCAUCAAUCCAUAAAGUGAUACCCAACGGUUAUGGUGGACCUAGAAGUGGAUCACUUACACUGAUUACAGCUGAAUUUCAAGUUUUAUCUCCGUUGGUGCCAAAGAGACAAGUCAAGUUUCUUAGGUACUGCAAUAUGCUCAGAGAGGGCUCAUGGGUGAUUGUAGACUUCACUCCUCGUCAAGAAAACCUGAACUUCUCGUCUGAUGAUGGUUCUUACCGCUUACCUUCAGGUGUUAUCAUACAAGAUACUCGCAGUGGUUACUCCAAGGUGACAUGGAUUGAGCAAAUGGAAUAUAAUGAGAGCUCAAUCCCUCAAUUCCCCAAGCUUUUGGUAACUACUAGGAUCGGGCUAGGUGCGAUGAGUUGGCUCACAACUCUGCAGAGACACUGCAGAAGUCUUUCAACCCUUGCAACUAUCAACCUUGAUGAUAAAGUUUACCAAGGACUGUCUUCAAAAGUUGCAACUGAGAUAGUGAAGCUAGCUCAGCGUAUGACUAUAAACUACUAUUUGUGUAUCACCGACACCGCCUCUCCCGCGAGCAGAUGGAAAAGAAAUGAUUCAGGGAGUGAGGGAAAAAACACAAGAGUGGUGAUCCGAAAGGAAAACGUGGGUGAUCAUACUAAGCUUGUGUUGAGUGCAUCCACUUCUGUUUGGUUCCCAGUGAGCAAGAAAAAAAUGUUUGAUUUCCUCAGAAACCACAGAAAGAAGUGGGAUAUCUUGACCGUUGAUGUCACCACCCCAAUUCAAGAAAAGAUCAAGAUUCAAAAAUCAAAAUUCCAUAAAAAUGAAGUCUCUCUUCUUCAAAUCGCACCUGAUAGCACAGUUCUGCAAGAGACGUGGAAUGAUGCAUCUGGUGCAUUGUUGGUGUAUGCACCAGUGGAAAUAAAGGAGAUCCUGGCAAGUGAAAAUUCAGAUUCUGUGCAGAUUCUUCCUUCAGGUUUCUCGAUAUCGCCAGACGUGGGAAGAGAGAUUGAUCCAGGCAGAAGUGGUGUAGGAUGUCUAGUAACACUUGGAUAUCAGGUGUUGCAUAGAGUUAAACCAACUGAAGAUGUCGAUCAAGAAUUUCUUACAAAAGUUGAGGGACUCCUAUAUCAUACUAUAGAGAGUAUCAAAUCUGCUUUAUCUAUAUGA